AUGGUGAUGAUGUCCGACGACGACGAUGACUCCGAGCCGCAGUUCAGUGUGGUGGCAGAUUACUUCUUCGUCGACACGGAGAAGAACCCCAUCUGUCUGUCAGCCUUGCCGAUUCGGUUCGAGCAAAGCACGGAUGAGGCCACUCAAUGCAAACGGAACAUCUUCUUGCAGGGAGUCGCUGACCCUGGCAUCACAGUUUACAAGCAUGUGGUUGCCUGGAAGCUGGGGCUUGAAGGCAAACAACCCGUGAUCACCGUGCUGUCUGUGGAAGGCAGCUGGAUAAAUCUCGCCAAGCCCAGGAACAGCUACGAAGAAAAGUUCCGAACAAUUUUCAUCACAGUGCGGAUGCUUCACUUCCUCGGAAGAAAACCUGAGGAGCCCGAGAAGAACUUGUGGAGUCAUCUUCGCAAAGUUUUUGACAAGUUUGACCUUAGACCCUCCAAGGACGAUUUCAGGAACCACCGUUCCCUAUUGAAGCUGUUUGCGGAGAAAGAUCUGAACUUAGCAAAAUCACAGGUUUUGCGAGCAUUUAUUGAAGAAGGAUCUAAGAAGAAAACAAGCGAGGUUGAGUCAGAUAAUAUUGAAAUGAAGCAGUCAUUUAUUGCCUCCGAUGAGGAGAUAGAGGAUAUGGUUUCUGAUGGAAAUUCUGAAUCUGAUGGAAAUUCUGAAUCUGAUGAAGAGGAGGAUGAUCUGUUUGAUUUUACUUGUGCCAUAUGUGACAACGGAGGAGACUUGUUAGGGUGUGAUGGCCCAUGUAUGAGGUCCUUCCAUGCCAAAAUAGGAACCGGCGAGGACUCCUAUUGUGAUACCCUUGGGUUCACUGAGGCAGAAGUUGAGGCAAUGAAAACUUUCCUGUGCAAGAACUGUGAGUAUAAGCAACACCAGUGUUUUAUUUGUGGAGUAUUAGAGCCUUCGGAUGGACCAACUGCUAAGGUGUUUCUUUGUAACAAUGCUACAUGUGGGUACUUUUACCACCCCAAAUGUGUUGCAAGAAAACUUCAUCCUAACAACAAGAUUGAAGCCUUAGAAAAAGAGAACAAGAUAAUAGGUGGAUCUUCAUUUACGUGCCCCAUUCAUUGGUGUUUUCACUGUAAAGGCUUGGAGGAUAGAUCACAAGAACAAUUGCAGUUUGCUGUUUGCAGACGCUGUCCAAAGUCAUAUCAUAGAAAAUGUUUGCCGAGAGAAAUACCCUUUGAAGAUAGCGACGAGGACAUUGUUACACGAGCCUGGGACCUUUCAAAAAGAAUUUUGAUCUAUUGCUUGGACCAUGAGAUAGAUAGUGACAUUGAGACACCUGUCAGAAAUCAUAUAAAGUUUCCGGGUAUUCCAAAAAUUGUAAAACCAGCAGAUUACCUAAAGAGAAAAAACAAGGUGUUGAUUAACAGGAGAAAGAGAGAUUUUGAUGAAUCAUUUCUUGAACAACCUUCAAAUAAAGCUGCAAAGGUGCCAGUCAAGGUUCGGGUGCAAGAAGAUGAACACGCCAGAAAAUUUGCUGUGAAGAGUUCAUCAGAGCAAUUUGUUGACAAGCCUGAGAAGAAAAAACUAAAGGUCAAAGGUACUUCUGCAAGCAGUUCAAGACCUGCAAAUGAGCAGGAAAAAUACUUGGCGACUUCACCAUCUACUAUGGGGAACUUGCCCCAGAGUUCAUUUCCUAGGGUGGACAGUGAAACAGAGAAGAGGGUAAUUGCUUUGGUAGAGAAAGAAGGCUCUUCCUUGACACUAAAAGAUAUAUCAAGCAGGUGCCUUGUGCCAUCCACUCAUGUAUACGCUGGCAGGCAAACUGAUAAGAUUGUUGCGACGGGCAAGCUUGAGCGUUCUGUUCAGGCUGUAGGAGCAGCUCUAAAAGCGCUGGGUAAUGGAGGUAAUGUUAAUGAGGCGAAAGCAGUAUGUGAACCUCAAGUUUUGAAGCAGCUAACAAAGUGGCAUACUAGGCUCAGAGUAUAUAUUUCACCUUUCAUUUAUGGGUCACGCUACAGUUCUUUUGGUCGACAUUUCACAAAGGUGGAUAAGCUUGUUGAGAUUGUUGAUAAACUUCAUUGGUAUGUGGAACCUGGUGACACGAUAGUGGAUUUCUGCUGUGGCGCAAAUGAUUUCAGUCGAUUGAUGAAAGAAAAACUUGAUGAAGUUGACAAGAAGUGUCAUUUCAAGAAUUAUGAUCUUAUCCAACCACAGAAUAGCUUUUGCUUUGAAAGGAGGGAUUGGAUGACUGUGCAGCGAGACGAACUGCCUGGCGGAAGCCAACUGAUAAUGGGGCUUAAUCCUCCUUUUGGAGUCAAAGCAGCUCUGGCGAACAAAUUUAUCGACAAAGCAUUGUCUUUUAAGCCCAAGCUUGUUAUACUAAUUGUCCCAAAAGAAACUAAAAGGUUAGAUCAAAAGAAGAUUCCUUAUGAUUUGGUUUGGGAGGAUAGUAACUGUCUUGCUGGGAAGUCGUUUUAUUUGCCUGGUUCUCUCGAUGUGAAUGACAAAAUAGUUCAAGGGUGGAAUGCAUCUGCACCACCCCUCUAUUUGUGGAGUCGUUCUGAUUGGACAGAAAAGCAUAAGGAAGUAGCCAAGGCGCAUAAUCACACAAGUGUGGGAAAAACCACUCGCCGUGUUGAACAGGGUAAUCUGUCAGAUGAUGGCCCUGCGAAGAAAGAAGCUGAAUCUUAUGAUGUGCAUAAUUCAAGAUCAGGGAAAGAAAAGGGGAAUAUAGGAAAUACAUCAUGCCACCCAAGAGAGGUCAAUCUAUCGGAUAAUGUACCUGCACGGAGAAAAGCUGAACCUAAGAGUCAACAAAAUGCUAGAUCAGGAAAAGCUAAAGAGACUAGAGAGAAGGCUACAUGUGAUUUCAGAGAGGAUAGUCCAUCAGGAAAAGCAGAAGAGAAAAGGCAUAAGGCGGCAUGCUCUGUCAGAGAGGUUAGCCCAUCAGAUGACCACCUUGUGAAGAAACAAGAUGGACCUGGAGAAGAGAAAGCAGCCAGAAAGGCAAACUUCACGGUGAAGAAGCAAGCUAGGCCUAGAGAAGAUGAAGAAGCUAAUCUGUCAGGUAGCCGCUCCCUGAAGAAACAAGCUGAAGCUACCUCUCACCAAAUUGCCCGACCAGGGAAACAGAAUAGCAGGGAUGGAAGCAAGAGCUCUGAUGACAGGAGCAGGAAAAGGAUCCCUGACGAGGCAGACAGCCUCCCUCCAGAAAAGCAAGUGGAAGUUGCCUAUGAGGAGACAAGGGCUAUUCCAAGUAAAAGGAGUAUGCACCAAGGACAGAGCAAUGGAACUAAUGCUCGUUUAAAGGAAUCGAAAGGGAGUUCAGACAUGAGUAUGUCACCAUCCCUUGAAAACAGCACUGCUCGUCACAGAUCCAGAAGCAAUUCCCCUUUUAUACCAACUGAACAACCCUCUGGUUAUACGACAGCGCACCGCGAUAGUAAUAUGAAGUAUCAUGUGAAAGAACCUCGCGUGUCUACAUUCAACAGCGCUACUACUUAUCAGGGAAGUUAUUUGGCAAACAGUGAUGGGCGCAAGGAUGCAAUUGGAGAGAGGAAUGACCCCACUGUUUACACGGGUGCUGAUGAUAGGUCAAGUGCGUACAACUCCAGCAUUGAAGAGAUGACCAAAAGGUAUGCUCCUGGCCGAGCUGGGGAUGUGUACAGUCCGCAAGGUCAGGGAAACGGUGGCAGCUUCUCCAGGAGGCAGGAUGAUCACCUUCAGACCAGUCUUUACUCCCUUGGUUCUUCAGGUGCUAGAUAUGACCAGAUUGGUUCUUCAGGUGCUAGAUAUGACCAGAUUGUUUCUUCAGGUGCAAGAUAUGACCCGCGAUCUUUAACUUCGCCGUCUUAUGGGCUGUUGAGUACAACUCCACGGAGCUCAGUCAUAGACAAGUACAGUCCAGGGUUCUCGGGUUCAAGUGGAUCUGGACCGUCAGUCAUGGACAGCUAUGCUCCUGGUUACUUGGGCGCAAAUGCACCAGGAAGAAGCUUGGUAAUGGACAGAUAUGCUCUACCCCUCGAUGAAACAAACUACGCAAUGCGAGGUGUUCAUGAUGUCCCUGGAUAUGGAAGGGACAUGCCUCCACAGUACCCCUACAGAGGGCCAGAUCCUUCUGGCAGAGGGCCGCCUCAUAUUUGA